UUUAAUUUUGUAUUACUAAUAUGUUGUAACGUGUCUGUACUUUGAGAGAUGGGAUUCAGCUGAAAUUUUGAUAACACUUGUAACACGUAUCUGUAUAAAACAAUAAAAAAAAGAAACGCAUGUCUAUGAGUAACAUAAUUUGACUUAUUGUUGUUCAAAUGGCCUUCUGUUUUGGUACUGUGUUGGUUGAAGCGGCCGCAUAGCGUGCCGGCGACUUGGUACAUUGAACCUGUCGGGUCGAUAUAGUCCACCUUUGAUAUUCAAUCAAGUUCAAGUUUGGCGCAUCGCCAUGACUACAAGGUGCAAACAUACGUCGAUACCACACCCUUUAUCUAGUGUUCAAAGUGUUCAGUCUAUACCCGAGCUGUACGAAGCACGGUAAGUGAUUAAUAAAAAAGUAUUGAAAAUAAUAGAUUUCUUGAAUAUUAUUCGAAGUUUUAUAUUAUAGAAGAUGAAAGUACACGGUAUGAGAGCCUACAUAGAACCGACGCCUGUGCCAAAAAUGCCAGCAGGCCUCGUGGAACUGAUGGAAGGUCUUUCAAGGGAGGUUUUAAAAAAUAAUCCAAGUGAAGUAUAUAAAUUUUGUGCACAGCACAUGAGGAAUUUGCUAGUACUGAGAGAUGGUAAACCACCUAAAAAAUAUUUGACUUUGGAACAAAAGAUAAAUAAAGCAAAUAACAUAAUAAAUCAAAGAGCAGAGGAAAGACGUCGAAACUUUGAUAAGAAUAUGCAAAUAAAUGUUGACCAAGAUAAUAUAGAACAAUCGCGUGGUAACGAUAUUGAGAUCGCAACUAUUGUUAUAAAUGCUGAUAAUCUGAAUACAUCUAAAGAAGAUUCGGAAUCUCGCGAAGAGAAUCAAUAUCAUUCUGAGCAUAAUAUUGAAAAAGGAAACAGUGAUCUGGAAAAUGGCACAAACAUUGUAGACAAUGGACACAACAAAACGGAUGAAAGCGUAGUUAAAAAAGAUAACACUGAAAUUAAAACUAAUCUUUCAAACGAUAAUGGUAAUGGAAAUAAUCCAAUUUUUGAAACAUCUGCAGAUCCCCUAGAUAUCUCGCAUAUUGUAAAUCAAGGGAAUAACAUUGGUAUUGUUAACGACGAUAAAAUAAACAUUGCUCAAACUGAAAUGACUGUUGGCGAUAAAAGUGACAAGCAAUUGUCCAUAAAUAGCGAAGAUAAUUGCAAUAAAACAGUUCAAAAAUUAGAUGUUAAAAUCGAUAAUGAAGUAAAUCUCGAUCAUGUUGAUACUAAUAUAAAAAUUGAUGAGGUACCUAAUGUAGUAUGUGAAUUAAGGACACACGAAAUUAAUGUGAAGGAAGAAAAAGAAAAUAAGCUAGACGAUGACUCCGAGGAUACUAGAAAGGAAACUGAGCUAAACAAUACUAACGAUACACACGAUGCAAGUAAACAAAAUUGUAAUGAUAGUGGUGAAAACAUUGAAGAGAAUAUUGUUGUAACUAUCCGUGAUAGUCUGAAAGAUGAUAUUAAAGAUAUAAAUUUCCAAGUAAAGUACAUAGACAUGGUAGACAUCAGCACGCAUAAUGAAAAAGAUGAUGGUACUAAUGAAGCAAUAGAAACGAAUCCUGAAACAGAAGCUGUAAAUAAUAAUUUAGAGAAAGAAGACAUGCUGAAUAAAAAAACCAUUGAAGGUACUGAGUCUGUUUCACAAAAUAAAGCAGAAAAGGUUGAGAAUGUCUGUGAAAUUAAUAAUUAUAAUCACACUGAAGAAACAGAUACUAAGAUUAUUAUUAUAGAGGCUGGAGACAAUGUUGCUGAAAACGAGAAUCUAAAACAGGACAUUGAGACGACGAAUGAGCUGAUAAAUAAAACUUUAGACUGUAAAUCAGAUGAUACCAUAUUAAAAGUGGCAUUGGUAAGCGAGCAUAAAAUUGAUGAAAUGAGUAAUACAGUUGAUACUCAAAUAAAUAACGAUGAAAGAAAAGAUCAUUGUGAUUUAAAUAAAUUCAUUAAGGACGAAGAUGAGAGUGACAAUAUUAUACUUAUUGAAAAGGAAACACAAAAGGAAGAUAAUAAAAAUCAUGCAAACAGUAAUCAUGAUAGCUCUCAACUUUCCAUUAAAGAUUCUGACGACCUCCAGUCAAAAAAUAUUAAUGAGCCCGAAACAAAUAAAUUAAAUAGUUCUAAGACUAUGGACUUGGAAACAGCUGCUAUAACAAUUCAAAAAGUAUUUCGUAAUUUUCUUUUUAGAAGUAAAACUUCCAGUUUUGAGGAACCAACAAACGUUGAAUUUAAUAUGUUUGGACGUGAACCUGACGCAAAGGAUGAAAGUGGUUUUCCGAUUCAUAAUCAAAAUAAAGACAGACGAGUUAUGGGUAUAAGCAGAAUGGAUACUGUUUUACAAACGGUCAACGAAGAAAAAUCUUUGUCCUUAUCUACCGAUGACUCUUCUACAAUAUCGAGCGCUGCUACUGUUAUUCAAGCUCAUAUAAGAGGUUUUCUCUGCAGAAAUCGAUUGAAUCGUAACAAAAUCACUUCAAGCGCGUCUCUAAACACAUCCAAAGAAUCAUCACCGGUGUCUUCUGAAGCCGAUCCUGACCUUGUUAAAAAUAAAACCGUCUUAAACAUUCAUAUUGUCCCUGAAGGUGGUCAAUUUGUAAGCAGGGAUGAAAGUAUAUUAACCUCAAUGGAAUUGUCUUUGGAUGGUAGUCCACCAACUUCAGGAAACUUGCAUCCAUUGGGCUAUGAUAAAAGCGAACGUAGAAAGCAAUUGAAACGGGAGGACGCAAUACAAUCGAUUUCUCCACCUAGUAACAAUAGCAGAUUGAGCGAAGAGCUGGACUCAGUCAAAGAAGUAAUUGUUAAUGAGGUUGAAAUUGGGAAAACAGAAGAGGUUGAUUUCGAAAAGCCUAUUAAUUGUGAACCUGUUAGUGACCAACAGGAGCAAAUAAAGAAUGUGCUUAAUAGUAACGACAAAAUAGAGGGGAUAAAUAGUGUUGCUGCAGUGGAAUCUGCAGAUUCUCCAAUAACUAUUUCUAAUAAUGAUCCUUUACUAAAAAACGAAUCAUUAAAAAAGCAUUCUAUCGAGGAAAAAUUUAAGGAAAACAAUGGGUUUGAAGAAGACAAAACAGAAAUAGAGAAAAAUAUGGCUAUUACCAUUCCAGAGGAUUCUCAACGAAAUAUUCCUAUCUAUAAUAAAGAAUCAAAUGAUACUGGUGAAAGUGUUAAGGAUGAAAAUGGGGCAGAACAGGACUCUAUUAAGAAAGUGCUUGAUGGAAAAGAAAAAACUCAACAAAAGCUUGAACCAGAACGGAAUGUUGAUUCUCAAAAAAAUGUUGCUACUACUCACGAUGACGUUCUAAAAAACAAUGCUGAGGACAAAGCUGUAACUGAAAUUUCUUCUGACGAAUUAGACGUAGUCACACCCUUUACACCUACUGAAGAAAAGCUGAAUGAUUCUGAUAAACCAAAGUUGCUACAUUCCGGUGAAUUUCACGAUGUAGUUCUACCAACGAAGGUGUCCCGCAAUGAAACGUCAGUCGUCAGUGGUGAGUGAAGACAACUAUUAUCAGGUGAUAAACCAUUUCGUUCUAUCGAGGCCAACGCAUGAACGCUAAGUAUUUAGGUAGUUUGUAUUUGCCUUUAAUUUUCAGGCUUCUUAAUGCCACGUAAAAAAAAUAGUCCCUUUGAAAAUAACAAUCAAUUCAAGCACAAAUUUUACAGUACGUUUUUAUGUGGAAUUUGAGUAGUCAAUAUUUAAUUUUAAUUUAAUUGUAUAAAGAAAAUUCUUCAUUUGCAACCAGUAGACACGUAAAUAAGGUAAACUGCAUACACAAAAAUGUAGAAACCUUUUAUUUAAAUAAAGUCGUAGUUUUAAUUUAAUUAAAUAUUUUA